AUGGCACCGCCAGCUGUCGUGGACAAGGCCGUCAUAUCCGGCUUCGCCAACGCAGAAGCAUAUGAUGCGCACCGGCCAUCGUACCCGGCGCAAGCCGUCGACGGACUGCUCGGCCACCUAGGCAUCGCCAACAAGCCGGGCGCCAGGAUCGUCGACCUCGCGGCGGGAACAGGCAAGUUCACCGAGCUGCUGGCGGCUCGGCCGGAGGUGUUUGAGAUUCUCGCCGUCGAACCCCAUGAGAAGAUGAGGGAGAACCUCGAGGCCAAGAGGCUGAGGGGUGUGACGACGCGCGACGGAGUCGCCGCCAAGAUGGAUGUUCCCGACGGGUGGGCCGACGCCGUGAUUGCCGCGCAGGUUCGCCACGGAAGAGGCCCUCGCCGAGAUUCGCCGCGUCCUCAAGCCCGGGGGCUCGCUGGCCAUGAUUUGGAACGUCGAAGACUGUUGGUCUCUCCCGCUCCGCCCCCUGCGUUCGACCCUCGUUCUGGUUUCUUUUCUCACAAUCGAGCAGACAACCAGCCCAAGAAUUGGACGCCCUCGACGAGGUGGGAGGCGGGCAUGAAGGAGCUCGUCGUCAGCGCCCCACCCGACGGGCCCAAGCGAUUCCGCGACGGCGCGUGGAUGGAUGUCUUCGACCGCCAGUCGAGCGCGGCACGGCCCUUGUUCACCACACCCAUCGGCCAGGAUAGGGUGCCGUUCACCGUCUGGCGGACCAAGGAGGCGCUUUGGGACCGCCUCAACACCCUGAGCCACAUCUUCGUCCUCCCGGAUGCGGAAAAGGCUGCCUUCAAGGCCAAGUUUGAGCAAAUCUUGAAGGGUGGCGAUGGAAACUGGAACGACAAGCAGGAGGUUGAGUUUCACGGUGCGACGGCAUAUGCCUGGACGAAGGGACUGUGA